UCGCAGGGCCACGUAAACAGUCUGCUACUCCCCCUGACGCUACCGUCUUCGGCACAGCACCGGAAGCAGGAACAACAUAAACAUGCAUAUUUCUGCAAUAACACGAGUGCAAAUCUGAAUUACAACCAAGCGAGGAAUGCCUCUGCGAAGGUUUUCACUGUAAGAUGUCUAUGGUCCUCUUUGCCUCAGUGGUGCGGGUGAGGGACGGCCUGCCCCUCUCUGCCUCUACCGACUAUGAGCAGGACAAAGGGCUGCAAGAGACCAAGAAGCACCUCAAGAGCUUGUCCAAAAAACUCAGCCAGUUUCCUGACCGCUGCUCUCUUAAGACUGGCCGUUACAAUGUCAAUUUCACCAGCUCUCUGGGAGUGGGCUACAUGAUGGUAUGCACAGAGAACUAUCCCAAUGUUUUGGCGUUCUGCUUCCUGGAUGAGUUGCAGAGAGAGUUCCUUGUCACAUAUGACACGAAGCGCAUUAACAGUGCUGUCAGGCCCUACUCUUUUAUUGAGUUUGACAACUUCAUUCAGAAGACCAAGCAGCGGUACAACAGUCCACGUUCUCUUUCCACAAAGAUCAACCUGGCUGAUAUGCAGACGGAGAUCAAGCUGCGGCCCCCGUACCAGCUCACUCCUGAAGACCUGAGCUUUAUCAAUGGCUUUUCCCAAAGCACUGCUUCCAAAUAUAAAGGCAUAGCUUCUAAUCAAAUGUUGGAGCCUGUCACCUUGCCUGGCAUAGUGGCAUGUGUUCUAAGCAUUCUGUGUGGUGCGCUCAACUUACUACGUGGGGUCCAUGCCAUCGAGAGCGUACUGCAGAACGAGGAUGAAGACUUUAAUUAUGUAAUUGCCUUUUUCCUGGGAACGGCUGCUUGUCUGUAUCAGUGUUACUUAUUUGCGUACUUUUCGGUGUGGAGGAACAUCAAGUCAUUCCUGGCCUUUGCUCUCAUCUGCCUGUGCAACAUGUACCUGUAUGAACUGCGCAACAUGUGGCAGAUCCUUUUCCACAUCACAGUUGGGGCUUUCAUCACUCUGCAGAUCCACCUAAGGCAGCUACAGGGCAAAACUCCUGACUACAAUGUCUGAAGACCCACACACACACACACACACACACACACACACACACACACACACACAAAACCCUUCCCCAAAAAUUCAUACAUAGCACAGUCCCCAGAAGACUGAAUGGUGAAGAUAUGAGAGAUGUUAGCCUUGCAGUUUUGGACUAUUGGCAUCAUUAAUCAUCAAACAGACUGAAUGUAGAGUCAACAGCUCAGGAUCCAAUAGCAGUUUAGUUAUUACUUUGGUUAUUCUGUAUGUUCACUGGUUGUGCAUUUUGUUCCAAUUUUUUGAAAAUACAAAAACGUAUAUAAUGAUUUUCAUAAGGAUGCAAAUAUUAGGCAUUAAUGUGUGUUUUUUGUUAAUUGAUAUAUAAUUUUUUUUUUAAAUAAAUGGUGUGAUUAUAGAUAAUAGAUUAAACCAGAUAGGCAAGACUUUUUAGUUCAUGGUACACGUGAAAGGUACCAGUACCACCAUGAUUCGCAACAACAUACAGACCUUAUUGUCUUUCUUAUUACUUGACUAAUUCGUACCGACACAGACCGCAACUAACAAUCAUACAUUUCAUAUACCUUGAGGCUGCUCUUAUCAAACAUUAUUACCCUAAAAGCUCAUUCAGACCUGGCGCGUGUCACGAAUAUGAUGUGUGCGGUUGUCUCGGUAGUCUCUGUGCUGCCUGGAAUGUUUUCUGUUUACUGAUGGAUUCAGCUCUCCUCUGGCUCUUUCAUGGCAGAGGAGUGGCCUGCUGAUAUAUAGACUUCUCUUUACCAGCAGAGGUUUUUAGCUCGUUCUCAGCUCCCAGUGGGCACCAGCAAACCAAACCCUGACAACUGAAUGAAUGCUUCCUGUUAUAUUUAUGUUCCUGUAUGUAGAUUGUGCUAAAGAAAAGACAAAGGGGUGACAGAUGAUGAUAAAGGUUAAAUACAUGUCAUUAUUAUAUCAGUCCCAAUGUUUUUAAGUCUUGCUGUCCAAUAAUAUAGAUAAUAGAGAUAGUAGAAAAUAGAGGUCCCCUCAUCCUUGACUCAUUUUCAUGUAUACAUUAUAAAAAUGUAAACAUGGAAAAAACAUUCUAUUACACUAGAUUUAGAAACGACAUCAAGUUGUCAGUACGUUAGGUGCACCUAUCUCGUACCUACUCUCGCUGGGCUUUUAUCAGGUAUGUUUACAUUUACUGCCCAUAGCCCAUGUGUUGCUGUCAGUGUUGGGUAAGAUACUCAACAACAACAACAAAAAAAGUAAUCCACUACCUGUUACUAAUUACUACAUUACAAUUGCAAUUUGUUUACAUUACUGAUUACUGCAUGUAAAAAGGAAUCAGGUUAUUAAUUACUUUACUUUCAAAAACUAUCAAACCUACAAAAAUACACUACAAAGUGAAUCUCAGUUCUUUGAGUAAUUUUAUCACGCGUUCUAUGAUGAUUCAUUAACGCGUCGAACGAGCCCCAGGCCUCCUCUCUCGACAUCAGUGCCUGACUUCACUAAUGCGCUUGUGGCUGAAUAGACAAGUCCUCACAGCCACACUCCAGAAGUAUAACGGUGACUCCCGCAUGGUUGUUUCUUGCCAUCACCUUGCUGCUGCAUUCUCUCCUCUGAUGCUUCGUGUAAAGGGUGCUGUAUCUGUUCAGUAUUGUCUGUUUCCCCUGAUGAAAAAGUGCACCUAUAUAGGAUAACUUUACCUCAUACGUCUGCGACUGGGUUUUUAAAAAAAAUUAUUUUAAGUAGUAUUUCCCCCCCCAAAAUCAUUACCACAACAUUUACUCAUGCCUCCAUUGGAGAGAUUAAGUUCCUGAUCCUGUUCCUGUAAUGCCUAACACAGGCUGUGAUUCGAGUUCAAAUCCAGAGACAGAAUCAAUGCAAAACACUGAUUUUGUGUUCUUGCAACAAUUUCUUUAUUGAUUUGGAUGUAUGAUUGUCUUGAGCAUGUUUGAGGCUUUGGUUAAAAAGGAAAAAAAAAAAAGUGGUACUGUUGAUGCUACUAAUCUUCAGAGGAUCCACUAGCCAGAAAGCAGCCUCAAAGUCUCAAUUAUCCACAAGCAAAUUUUAAAGUGAGAAAUAGAUGCCUUUUUGCUUUUUUUUGCCAAACAUGCCGGUGGAGCUCUGGCCAAAAAUGACAUUCUUUUCAUUCUCAUCUGACCAUUAAACAGUUCCUUGCUGCACAUCAUGCUUGUUGGAGUUCAGGUAUUACACGUUCUUUCAAACAGCUUUUUGUUAUGGCCGUACUUUCUAGUAGAUGCUUAUGACUUGAGAAAGCCUUAGAUAGUGGACAGCACCAGCAUAAUUUAAGACUGAAGAUGUUGACUCAACUUGCAUAUUUUUAAUCUCAUUAACUUUUCAUAGUCGAGAAAUUCAUAAAUUGUGCUUGUAGUGUCGGCUUGUAUUUAGUUCUGAAUUUGUGGAAUAUUCAGUAUUGCGAUUAGUUGGCAGGUUGUUGAUUUAGAUCGCUUGAACAUGAAGUAAUAUAGAAACUGUUUGAAAAUUAUGCAUUGUGGGAGCCUAUUUGCAAAACAAAUGGAGGACCUGGUAGAGGUCACUGGUAACCUGGUAAGAAAAACAGUAAGCAUUAAAAGAAAAAGAAUCUGGAGCAGUUGGAGCAGGUCCGACAUCUGACAUGAAAUCGUUGAUUUUUAAUAAAAGUGAUCCUAGUUUAUGCUUCCAUA